AUGUCACACGCCGACGAGCCCCAGCCUGAGCAAUCGAAGAAAAACAAGCCUUCUGUGCGACGAGCUUGCGUCGCAUGUCACACUGGGAAAACCCGAUGCAGCGAAACUCUGCCUUGUCAGAAUUGCGUCAAGCGGGGUGUAGCAUCCCUGUGUGCUUACCCCGACGCAGAGGUCACCAGCACGCCCCCAACUUCAACUAGCGAGCAAGCAAAGCCUCAACAACGUGACGACAGAUCGACUCCCAUCUCCGCGAUUGUGGCUGGCACGGCUCCCAAUCCAGCGUUCACCGUGGCUCCUCCAGCAUAUCCAACCAUGUCAGUUUCUACGACUACCACCCCGUCUUUUCGCCCAGCCAAACGACCCCGUCCUCUGACAGAAGAAGAGACUGCCUCGAUAACACGCAACUUCACCCGUGGAGACUUUUUCGUCGGUUCUAAUGCCCCAGUCCGUAUCGACCCACGGCUGCCGGUCCGGCUGAUGCUUGGAGAGGGAGACCAAGUCCAUUUCACUGUUGGGAACUAUGAGCCUUGA